AUGGAGAAGGUGGAGAGAAUUCUGUGGCGCGUGGUUCCUGGUAUGAAGAGGUUUCUCAUCCUCUCCAAGACGCUCUCAUUUUCAUGUCUCCUCUUCCCAACUUACAUCUCAAUGAUCUCAUGGCUCCUGAGGAUCCCAUCUCCUCUCUCACGUCUCUUCUUCCAAUCUCUUCUCUCAUGGGCGCUCGUCAACUAUGUUCUUGCAACAUUCGCCUGCCACAGCUUCACCAAUCCAGCCAUCUUGAGUCUGAUUUUGGGCUCAUCCGAGACUCGCCGGAAGAUUUCUGACCUUGGCUUUGAGCGUCAUAUUCAGAUACUGGAGGGGUUUGGGUGGACGUUUUAUUUUGAUCUUUGUAUCCCACUUCUUUUGAUGCAUGAGAGUUGUUUGGCUUGGUUCGCUGCCCUUGUUGCUUCCUGUUUUUCCAGCCGGUUGCAGAGGUCUUUUAGUAUGAAGAAGCAGAUAAAAUUGAUAAUGACUUGGUGGGAAGAUGAUGAUCGCAAAGAAGAAGAAUACGGAGAGGAGUUGAGGAUAGAGGAGGAAGAGGAGGAGGAGAAGGCUGAAGAUCAGUUGAGGAUAGAGGAGGAGGAGGAGGAGGAGGAGGAGGAGGAGGAGAAGGAGAAGGCUGAAGAUCUGCAGAAAUGGAUGGUUUUGAAGACUAGAGAAGAUGAAAUGAAGAAAGAGGAAGAAGCGAGGAGGGAAGAAAUGAUGAAGAAAGUGAUGGAGAAAUUGAGGAAGGAGAAAGAAAAGCAUAAAGGUUAUAGGAGGAAGUGGGAGGAGGAGAAGGAGGAGAAGGCGAGGCUGAAUGGAGAGCUGUGUGUCGCAACCAAGUGGGCUGACUACUGCCAAACCUUUCUGCAGAACUAUGAAGAAGAGAGGCGAAAGUGGGAGGAAGAGAGGAGUGAACUGACUGCAAAGCUCUGCGCCGCACAGAAGUCCUCAGAUCUUUACCAGCAACUUUUGCACGAAUGCAGUUCUUUUUAAUG